UACAAAGCCACGCUCGACGACGCACUCUUUUAAAAUGCUGCUCCCGUUGUUAUUCUACUGUUUACCGCUGUCAUUAGCCUAUCAACGUGGUGAAUACCGUAUAGGCGGCCUCUUCCACGAUCGGACCCAAGAAGCCGCCUUCCAAGUGAUCACCGACGAACUCAACACCAACCCUAACUCAUCAUUCGACUUGGUCGCCGACACAUUCGGAGUUUCCUACUCCGACACAUUCGUCGCCCGACUUGGUGCCUGCAGACUUCUGGAAAACGGCGUAAUCGGGAUAUUCGGGCCCAGCUCGCAGCAUUCCUCCCCUUACAUCCAAGCCAUAUGCGACCACAAAGAGAUCCCCCACCUGGAGACGCACUGGGACGACAAAAUCGAGCGAAACAAGUGCGUGGUGAACCUCCAUCCUCACCCGGGGGUGAUUGCGAGAUUUCUGGUUCAGUUGGUGCAACGUUUCGGAUGGGAGCGGAUGGUCGUGCUGUUCGAAGACGACGACAGUUUGCUGCGCACAGCGCCGCUACUCGAUUUGAACAUCUACCACGGCGUCAACAUCAUCCUGAGGCAGUUGGAGCUUGACGAGUCGCAGAGCUAUAGAGGUGUGCUCAACGCUAUCAAGAGUAGCGAGGAGACAAACUUGCUCUUGGACUGCUCGGUGGAGACGUUGGGGAAGGUGUUGAAGCAAGCCCAGCAGGUCGGUUUGAUGACGGAUAGGUAUCGGUACAUCGUCACCAGCUUGGACGUAGGUGUUUUGGACCUGACUGAUUUCCAGUACAGCGGCGUCAAUCUUACUGGGAUUUGGCUGUUUGACCCGUCGCAUCCGAAGGCGACCAAAUACGAAGACGCCAUGUUGGACGCACUAGGCUUACCAGCUGAGAGCCUGUGGAAAAUGAAACUUUCAACGGCCCUGCUCUUGGACGGAGUACGUCUGUUUUACGAGACCAUCGGAGAGUUCGGCGACACUCAAAGCGAACUGCUGAGUACGCAAUCAUUGUCUUGCGACGGUACCAAGUACUGGCGUUUCGGCUACACCAUUGUGAACACCAUAAAAGCGAAAAAGUUCCAAGGCAUCACGGGCCAGAUCCAAUUCGACAACGAAGGAUUCAGGAGGAAUUUCGUGCUGGAGGUGGUGGAGCUGACCCCGGCGGGGUUGUCCGUUGUCGGACAGUGGAACAGCUCGGUAGGUGAACUGAAAGUGGACAGAUCUCGAGUCCGCGUGCACCAAGAACCUGCCAUAGCGAAUCCUUUCAACCGGACCUUCACCGUGAUAACGACCCUGACUGCGCCUUACGCGAUGCUCAAGGAGACUACCGCGCAGCUGACGGGCAACGACAGGUUCGAAGGUUUCUGCGUCGACGUCAUCCAAGAACUGUCUGCCAUGUUGGGCUUUAAUUACACGUUCAUCAUACAAGCGGACGGUGCUAACGGCGACCUGAACAGGAUCACGUACGAGUGGAACGGAAUGAUCAGGGAGAUCAUCGACGGGAACGCGGACCUGGCCAUAGCCGACUUGACGAUAACGUCGGAGAGGGAAAAUGCGGUGGAUUUCACCAUGCCCUUUAUGAACCUGGGUAUCAGCGUACUGUACAGGAAACCCGAGCCUGUGCCGCCCAGCCUUUUCAUGUUUACGUCGCCGUUUUCCACGUCGGUGUGGGUAAUGCUGGGCGUGGCAUAUCUGCUGGUCUCCUUCGCCAUUUUCAUCAUGGGCAGGCUGUCGCCCAGCGAGUGGACCAACCCGUUUCCCUGCGUCGAAGAGCCGGAGUAUCUGAUCAACCAGUUCAGCAUCAGGAACUCGUUGUGGUUCACCAUUGGCGCCCUCAUGCAACAGGGAUCGGAACUAGCGCCAAUAAGCGUAUCGACUAGGACGGCGUCCGGAUUCUGGUGGUUUUUCGUCCUGAUAAUGGUCUCGUCGUACACGGCGAACCUAGCGGCGUUCCUGACGGUGGAAACGCUGGUAACGCCUUUCAAAAACAUCGACGAACUCGCGCGUCAAGACGAGAUCAAGUACGGAGCGAAAAAGAAAGGUUCCACCGAGUACUUCUUCAGGGACUCGAACCUCAGCACCUACAAAAGGGUUUGGGAGUUUAUGAGUAAACACCCCGAGGUUCAGGUGUCGGACAACGACGAAGGCGUGAGGCGAGUCGAACAGGAAAACUACGCCUACUUGAUGGAGUCGACUACCAUAGAAUACGUGACGCAGCGACACUGCAGUUUGGCCCAGGUCGGCGGACUGUUAGAUGAUAAGGGCUACGGCAUCGCGAUGAAAAAAUUUUCGCCGUACCGUAACGACCUCAGCACGGCCAUCCUCAAGCUACAAGAGAGCGGCCGACUGACCCAACUCAAAAUUAAAUGGUGGAAAGAGAAAAGGGGCGGCUCGACUUGCGGGACGAAAAAAGAAGAAGCCGAAGCGACGGCGCUCGAUUUGAAAAACGUAGGCGGCGUGUUUCUCGUGCUGUUCGUUGGUUCUAUGGUCGCCCUGGCCGGUUCCUUGAUCGAGUCGGCCGUUUUCGUGUACAGGAGGUGCAAAACGUCAAAUACCACAUUCGGCGAGGAGCUCAAGAAGGAAUUCCGUUUCAUAUUGCAUUUCAAGCGGCAGGUCAAAGUUGUCAAAUAAAAUCCGCCUUUCAAUGUUUCGUUUCUUUCGCUCCGCGGAUCGGUGACGUCACGUUUCUGAUGGCCGCAAAUACGGGAUAAAAAGCGAAGCCUCGCUGAUCGAACAAAUAUCGUAAAUCCAUCGGGU